UCUGCAAUGACUACAGCAAGGUACAGGCCUACUUGGGACUUGGUGCUUGAUCCUCUUGUAUCCUGUAAGCUCUGCCUUGGGGAAUAUCCUGUGGAACAGAUGACAAGGAUAGCACAAUGCCAAUGUAUCUUUUGUACUCUGUGCCUGAAACAGUAUGUAGAGCUUUUGAUCAAGGAAGGUCUAGAAACUGCAAUUAGCUGCCCCGAUGCUGCCUGCCCAAAGCGAGGUCAUCUACAAGAAAAUGAAAUUGAGUGCAUGGUUGCGUCAGAAAUCAUGCAGAGGUACAAGAAGUUACAGUUUGAAAGAGAGGUGCUCCUGGAUCCCUGUCGGACGUGGUGCCCUUCUUCAUCCUGCCAAGCAGUUUGCCAGCUUCAAGAAACAGGACCUCAGAAUCCCCAACUGGUACAAUGCCAAUCGUGUGACAUAGAAUUCUGUUCAGCGUGCAAAUCCCAUUGGCAUCCAGGGCAAGGUUGUCAAGAGAACAUGCCAAUCACCUUCCUCCCAGGGGAAACCAGCUCUGUUUUUAAAAUGGAAGAAGAUGAUGCUCCAAUCAAACGCUGCCCCAAAUGCAAGGUUUAUAUCGAACGGGAUGAAGGCUGUGCUCAAAUGAUGUGUAAAAACUGUAAACAUGCCUUUUGUUGGUACUGUUUGGAAUCGCUUGAUGAUGAUUUUCUCCUUAUACACUAUGACAAAGGACCUUGCCGAAAUAAGCUGGGUCAUUCCAGGGCAUCAGUGAUUUGGCAUAGAACACAGGUCGUGGGCAUCUUUGCUGGUUUCGGUCUGUUGUUGUUAGUGGCUUCUCCUUUCCUUCUGCUUGCUACGCCAUUUGUUCUCUGCUGCAAGUGCAAGUGUAAUAAAGGAGACGAUGAUCCUCUGCCUACUUAGUUGGAGCAAAGAUGGGACU